UUCUCCCAACCCUCUCCAGGUGCUAACUAAGAGGCCGGAGGAGACGGCGGUGGAAGAAAGAUGGCCUAGUGUAGUCUAAGUGUCCGGGAAAUCGGCAACCCAAUAAAAGAAUAAUCUUUGAAAAUCACGUUCGCUUCCUUUCCCACCCCAGGUCGCUGAGCCGCGAUCCAGGAGGGGUGGAGAAGAGUGGGUAGGGCACCGGAGGAAGAAAUCUCGCGAUAUGAGACCGGCCGGGGCGGGGGUGGCACCUCUUCCCUCCUCCUCCUCCUCGCGUUAGUUCCGGUAGCAGAGGAGACACCGCCGCAGUUGCUGCCACCUCCGGGGUUUCUGGCUCUUUUCUCAUCGCCUUAAAUUCGGGUGUCUUUUAUGAAUAAUCAAAAGCAGCAAAAGCCAACGCUAUCAGGCCAGCGUUUUAAAACCAGAAAAAGAGAUGAAAAAGAGAGGUUUGACCCUACUCAGUUUCAAGACUGCAUUAUUCAAGGCUUAACUGAAACUGGUACUGAUUUGGAAGCAGUAGCAAAGUUUCUUGAUGCUUCUGGAGCAAAACUUGAUUACCGACGAUAUGCAGAAACACUCUUUGACAUUCUGGUGGCUGGCGGAAUGCUGGCCCCAGGUGGUACACUGGCAGAUGACAUGAUGCGUACAGAUGUCUGUGUGUUUGCAGCACAAGAAGACCUAGAGACCAUGCAAGCAUUUGCUCAGGUUUUUAACAAGUUAAUCAGGCGCUACAAAUACCUGGAGAAAGGUUUCGAAGAUGAAGUUAAAAAGCUGCUGCUGUUCUUAAAGGGUUUUUCAGAGUCGGAAAGGAACAAGCUGGCUAUGUUGACUGGUGUUCUUCUGGCUAAUGGAACACUUAAUGCAUCCAUCCUUAAUAGCCUUUACAAUGAGAAUUUGGUUAAAGAAGGGGUUUCAGCAGCUUUUGCUGUAAAGCUCUUUAAAUCAUGGAUAAAUGAAAAAGAUAUCAAUGCAGUAGCUGCAAGUCUUCGGAAAGUGAGCAUGGAUAACAGACUGAUGGAACUUUUUCCUGCCAAUAAACAAAGCGUUGAACACUUCACAAAGUAUUUUACUGAGGCAGGCUUGAAAGAGCUUUCAGAAUAUGUUCGGAAUCAGCAAACCAUAGGAGCUCGUAAGGAACUCCAGAAAGAACUUCAAGAACAGAUGUCCCGUGGUGAUCCAUUUAAGGAUAUAAUUUUGUAUGUCAAGGAAGAAAUGAAAAAAAACAACAUCCCAGAACCCGUUGUCAUUGGAAUAGUAUGGUCCAGCGUAAUGAGCACCGUGGAAUGGAACAAAAAAGAGGAGCUUGUAGCAGAGCAAGCCAUCAAGCACUUGAAGCAAUACAGCCCUCUACUUGCUGCCUUUACAACUCAAGGUCAGUCUGAGCUGACUCUGUUACUGAAGAUUCAGGAGUACUGCUAUGACAACAUUCAUUUCAUGAAAGCCUUCCAGAAAAUAGUGGUGCUUUUUUAUAAAGCUGAAGUUCUGAGUGAAGAACCCAUUCUGAAGUGGUAUAAAGAUGCACACGUGGCCAAGGGGAAGAGUGUCUUCCUUGAGCAGAUGAAAAAGUUUGUAGAGUGGCUCAAAAAUGCUGAAGAAGAAUCUGAGUCUGAAGCUGAAGAAGGUGACUGAAUUUUGAAACUACACCCUCAGUAAAGCAAACAGGAGUUGUAGAUAAAAUGUCAUGUCUCAUGUGUCCUGGUUCUUACAUCUUCCUACCUCCCUAUAUCAAGCAUGAUAUAAGGGCUUUCAUGGCAAAUUUUAUUUUAACUGUUUCUAUGGUUACUGGAAAUGUUGGAUUUAGUUUCUAAAACCAUGUUUUAAGUAGCUACAGGAGCUAUAGAUUUGAAUCUGAUGUUGCAUUAGUCUUUUCAGUUAUCUUCUACCUCCUGUAUUUUCUACUGUAAUAAUGUAAUUUAAGGCCUUCCACAAUGAACAGUUCACUUUAUUCCCUGGGUUUUCUAUAUAAACAGUUUACAAGAUAUGAUUUGGUUAAAAAUAAUUUGUUAUAUAAAAAUUCUGUUUGCAAAUUAAACUGUAAAAGUAUCCAGUGUCUCAGAAGGCAAUGAUUUGUGUGAUAAUUUGAUAUGCCCAAAGCCCUGCUCAUCAAUGAAAACUCAUAUACAGUAAUUGAAUUCAUUAACAUGAAUCUUGAGUAUUUGGGCCAUUGCUUCCAUGUUAACAUUUUCUUGGCAUUUUUAGCCCCAGAUGUACUUGAGCUCAAUUGUCUGCUCUCUGAUUUUUAUUCCCUAAAAUGAAGCCAUGGGGAACAAACUUAAAAGUGGGGUAUUUGGGAAAUUAUAUGUGGCAAUGGUAGUGGGAAGAAAAAAAUGGAGCUUUUUCCCAUUGAGAAACUUCUGCAAUCAGUUUGUUUGUUUCCACACAGAACAAAUGAAUAUUCUUUCCACAAAACCAUUUUCAAAUAUACCUUGGAAAAAGCCUUGUCACUUAAAGUAUUUUACACUUAUCCUGCACUUAGAUUCGUGAGAAAGGACUAAAAAUAGUGCGAGUAAAGCAAAUGACUGUACUAAACCCAGAAAAUUGUUGAAAGAAAAAUGAUCAGCAUGUUCUAAUUGGGACUCCAAAUAUAACUCAAUAUUGCCUGUUGGCUUCGCAUAUUUGUUGUAAAGAGUAAAGUGCAGUGAUAAUGAUGUAUUCCUACUUGGUCAUAGUGGACCAGCUUCAUUCUCUUCACAGGUUCAUUUAUGACUCAAUUAUCUGGCUAUUAACUUAACCUAGUUGCCAGUUUUUUAAAUUGCCAUGAGCCAAAUAUCUCUUCUAUACAGUUGAUCCAUUUAUUUUAAUGGCUGCCUUUUUAAUUUCCAUCUUUUCUUGCUGCUACCUGUCUUUAUAUGUAGUCAUUAGAAAACAAAGUGUGGUCACGCUUUUUGCUGCAAAGAUUUCAUGUUGAAAGUAAACACUUCGAAAGUUUUUUGACUGGUGAAAGAAACGAGCUUGGAAUAAUGCCACGAGAGACUUGAGUGGGAAUUGCCUUUCUCAAAGGUGCCAUUCUUAUGAGCCAAGAAUUUGUGUUUAGAAGUUUAUCUUGAGGGAAUAACAUGUAAUAUAGUUUGAAAUAAAGGUAUAACCUUACGAAGAAGAGCAUUAUAAUUGAUACCAUUGUGAAGGGGGUGAAAUUGUUAAAUGAAUGACUUUUGAUAAAGCUUUCAUGCACAGGCAAAAUGUAUUCACUAGGUUUCUACAUAGUGAUCUGCUUUUACUUUGUAAUUUGUAGUUCUCAAAAGACUUUUUUUAAAAAAUAAAGUCUAUCCUUACACUUAGGUUUAUAUAGGUCAGUCUUCUUCUUUUUUUUUUUUUUUUUUUUUAAUUUUUUUGUAAAUUCCAUGCUGAUACCUAGUGGUAAAUAUGUUAAUGGUCAGAUAUAUCUACUGUGUAAGCAUUAAAUAAUUGCUCUUUUCAUCCUUAUGACUCCCAACUUCACAGAAUUCUGAUGUAGCAGAAAUUACAUUAACAUUUCUACAACCAAACCAUUGCAUGUUACUGCAGUACAGAGUGUACCUUGUUUAUUAUAUACUGUGUAUAGUGAACGUGUGUGUAGUUUUCCAGAAAACUACAUGAUGAUCCUUGUCUGAUCAGUUUUUCCUUCAUAAUGACAAAGUAGUGUUUACUUACUACAAUAUUAACAGUAAGUGGAUGUCACCUAUGACAGUAUAGUGUAAAGAAAGGGAAUGCUUUCUAAAAAGACUUAGCAGAUUUUCAUUCUGAAUUUUAAGUGGCAAUUUUGAGUCUCAGCUGCCAGUGCCAACCUCAAAUAUGUAAAUAUAGAUGUUAAGAUUGUACUUGUAAUCAUGAUCCGAUAAAUGUUCAUUGAUUUUCCUAACUUGGUGUCAGUUUCUAAGGAUAAGUCUCCUCUUAGAUACCAUAAUUAAAUGUGUGCUUAGAGCUGAUUAAAUUUCUUAACCUUAAUUAUUCUGGGAGUAUUGUCCUAGAGACAUUUAUUAGAUUCUUAGGAAAAUUCCACAUGCCACAGGAUAUUUUAACACAGCAUAGUGAUGGUGGGGAGAAGAAAUGCUUGUGACUGAGAUUUAUUUCCAUUUCAAUUUUUUAAGGCUUUUUUCUCAUCAACCCUAUCCCUAAAGCCUUUUAAACUUUUUUACCAGUGCAUUUUUUUUGGCCACACUACAUGGCUUCCAGGGUCUUAGUUCCCCAACCAGGAUUUGAACCUGUGCCCUCAGCAUUGAAAACAUGGAGUCCUAACCACUGGGCCACCAGGGAAUUGCCCCAAUGAGUUUUAGUAUCACAGAUACGCUGUAUAUGUAUUGUAUCUGGUUUUUACAUGAAAAGAGUAAGGGGGUUUGGAGGUCCUAUUUGGGGGUGACACCCACUCCCAUUUGAGAAAUCAUACCCUAAUAUAUUUUUUAAGGGGAGGACCACCUAGUGGUAGACAUUUGCAUUGGCAGACAUAUCUUUAUGUGUGUCCAAAUCCUGGAGCAGUAUUGUUUUCUGCCAGAGUCAGUAGAAAAUAGCAGACCUUUGUUUUCUGCCAGUCACCAUCAUUUAACAGCUGUGCUUUACACCCUUCCUGCCACAGGUAUGAGACAAUUCCCAGUGGCUUUGGACAUCUUGAUAGAUUCUUUCUUGAUUUAGAAAUGUAUUCAUAAUUAGAAUCAUUCAGGUUCCUUCUUAUCUAUAAAAAUCAGUUAAAAUCCUAGGUGAAUGAUUUAAUUAAAGUAGGUUAUAACACUUUGAUAAAUGGCAUUGAAAUUUUACCAGUGAGUCUACAGUCACACCCAGGUAAGCUGCUUGCAGGAACUGAUAGAACUAUUAUUGGCUGGUUGAAAAUGUAGCAUAGAUGCCAAAGUUUUAGUGUACUUUAUUAAUACCUAGACUACUGAAUUACCUUUGUAAAAAUUUCCUCCAAUGCUAUUUACAGGUGCCACAUAAAACAGGCUAUUGCAUUUCUGUGACAAUUCUAGUAAACUGCCUUGCUGUGAUCUUUCAUGUAAAAUAUUAGUGCUGUAGUAUUGAUAAAGAGUAUGUCUAUUCACCAGCCUACUGAGGCCUAAAGGUUUCACAUAUAAUUAUUAAGAAAUAUGUUUUUUUUUAUUAUUAAGAAAUAUGUUUUUAAGGUGGCUUUAUAUAAGUGGGAUCUAGAAAAUAAGUACUUUUGACUUCAAAAUAAUGAAUUUAUAAUUGGCCUCUGCCUAAAAAAACUUGAAUUGCAGUGGAUUUGUACUUAAACACAAUCUUGCAUAAUUGUAUGAAAUUUGGUUUGGAUCAGAAAGAUUUCCAAACUCCUUUCCCUCUCUACUUUUUUUCCCUUCUAUUUAACUAUUGGCUAUUAGCCACCAUACCAAAUCCAGUCGUUUUAAUUUUCCAAUGCACUUAUAAUCCUUUUAUCUUUAUUCCAAGAUUAUAAUUUCACCUCUUAAUGAAUUGAAAAAAGGGUGAGAAUAUUUUACAAAUUCACUCAAUUGCUGUCAAGUUAUUAAUAUUAACUCAGUUAACCUUAAAGUAAAGGCUUCAACUGCUUGUGGCCUGCUCUAGUACCCUAGAGGAGACAAUGGCAACAAAUCUGUUCAGUCCUUUGCUUUGUAGACUUUAUCGAGAGGGACCAACAUCUCAUUAAACUGUGAUACAAUUAGAAUGUUGAUAGUUGUAUUAGUGUAGGUCUGCAAACUAUGCAUUCAAUAUGUAUAAUGAAUUUGGGGUGCUACAAAGUUAUCAAAUAUAAUUGAGUUGUUUCAUUUCAGGGAAUUUCCAGUGUAAUAACCAUUUUAAAAUAUCUUAGGAUGAAAAUAGUUUAAACCAUUUUUUUUUAAAGCUGAACUCCUGAAGGCUGUGCUUCAAGUUGACUUAGAGGUAAACAUUGGGGAAAUACAGACUGAAGAAUACUCUAACAUUCUCUGCAUCUUAAGAAUAAAAUAUUAUCUCUGUAAGUACACUUUAUUUCCAUUCUAGUUAGGACUAAUGGAUCCUGGCAUGGCAAGUAGCUGAAGAAUGGAGAAAACGGGAUAGCUGAUAAUCCAGAUAGUUCUUGACACUCUGAACAACCUCAAGUACAGCCGUUCAAGCCAGUAAUUACAUUGCUGCAUUAUUUGUGUUUAACUGUGAAAUUUGCUUCUUGCCUGUACCCCUGAAAUUGAAUAAAAUUUCAUGAACUCCUUA